UGACUCCACAAGCGCAGCAAGACUACUGACUUACACCCUCUUCAAGUCCGACUCUAAAUAACUACCACCCAAAAGCUCAUCCAUUGACGGUACUCAUCAUGGCUCGCCAGCCCGAUUACAGCCGAGACUACAACCAAGACUACAACAGAGACUACAAUCGAGACUACAACAGAGAUUAUAGUCGACCAGGAAGCUCUAGGAAUUGGAGCGAGGAGGCUAUUCGGGGUAGCUGGGAAUCGAGCUAUCAACGAUCCACGGCUGCCUCACCGCGAGACCGCAAUUCAUCUUGGAGAGGCGUCACACCAACAGACUACAGCGCAAAGGCCGGCAUGGUCGACAAUUGGCUUGGCCAGCAACGAACCCAAGACCCUUCGAGGGCCAUGUCUGCCGUCUCCGAGUUUGUCACACCUGAAUCUUCGCCAGUCAUCAGCGAUGGCUCGGCAACUUUUCAAACGAGACCCGCGCUUGGAGCUCGACCUCCUGUAGACAGGGCGCCAGUCUUGCCCCCUGACUACUACACCCCAUCUCCAAGCCGGACAACAUGGAGACAAAGCCCUGGUCAUGCCUCCUCAUCCCGAGGGGCAGCAUCUUAUUCCGCCCGUCAUUCCGUCGACCACUCCGCUGGCCAUUCCGCCGACUAUGACCUGCGAGGGGUUGGCUCCUUUGCGGACGCCGAUCGUUCGAGGCGCAAGGAGGUCAAGUACAAGCCGCUCAGCAACUGGUUCGACUUGUGGCUUCCUUGAUUUGCGAGUACUUCACGACUGAAACAUUUUGACGGCUUCGUUUAAGAAGUAUACGACGCUUUGGUUCGAGAUUCUUGGUUAGGAUGGAUUAUGGCCUAGCUGAUUCAUGACAUUGGGCACCACGAU